AUUCCUCUUCCACCUUUCACGAGUGGCUAUGGGGUGCCAAACAGGAUAAAAAGAUUAAUUUAGUCCCAAAUUAAUUCCUAAACCUAACCCAUAUAAAUAUUAAUCCAUUACUAUUUUUAGUAAAAACCAAAAAACAUAAAACCCUAAACAAAAAAAAAAAAUUAUUGUAAUCCUACCAAAUUCCAUAAACCCUAAUAAAAGAAAAAAUUGAUCUUCUUCUUCAACGAUUUCUGAUCCAAUCAAGAAAAGAUAUGGACUUCGACCACCUACCAUUUUAUUCACGAGACCUCACCCAGAAGGAUGUUCACAGGGUACCACAACCCAUGAUACCCAUAAGGCUCUAUAAGUUUGCAUAUGCUCGUGAGACCAAUCUUGAGCAAGACCUCGUACUGGAAGAUAAGAUUUUACUAGAAGAGCUCGUUGAGCUCAUUAGGUUUGCGAGGAGAAGGAGGGAUGCGAUUGCAGCUGUGAGGGAUCGCGACAGACAUUUGGAACGUCUAUUUGAAGAAAUGGCUGAAGUUCAAGCCUUGGCUGAAGCAGAAGAUGUUGCUGCUGCUCCUGGUGCUGGUGCAGGUGCUCUAUAUGAUGCUGAUAUUGUCUUUUAGAUAUCAUAUGUUUAAGUUUUAAAUUUUUAAGACUUUGGGUGGUUUAAGUCUUAAGUUUUUAACACUAUU